CGCUUGUGCGCUUUAGCCGGUUUUUAUUAUUAUAAAGUUAUGGCGGAACUGAGUCUUUACCUGGAUCUCCUGUCCCAGCCAUGUCGCUCUGUUUAUAUCUUCGCCAAGGCCAAUAAUAUCCCGUUUCAGUUUGCGGAGGUCCGACUCUCUAAAGGCGAACAACUGGGUGAAGAUUUUGCAAAAGUCAAUGCUUUCUGUAAAGUGCCAGCUCUAAAAGAUGGAGACUUCACGUUGUCUGAAAGCAUUGCAAUACUGCUUUACCUGGCACGUAAAUUCAACACUCCAGAUCACUGGUACCCAUCAGACCUGCAAAAGCGUGCCCGUGUUGAUGAAUAUCUUGCCUGGCAGCACACAAAUACACGGCUUCACUGUUACAAAGUCUUCUGGGCUAAGCACAUGUCCAUAAUUCUUGGCCAAGAAGUCAGCUCUGAAAAACUAGACUGUGUCAUUACAGAGUUUAACACAACAGUUACUAACUUGGAGAAGGUAUUCUUGGCAGACAAGCCCUUCUUGGUUGGUGAAGAGAUCUCUGUAGCAGACUUGGUGGCGCUUGUGGAAAUUAUGCAGGCUGUUGCAGGUGGUUUGGAUGUAUUUGAAGACAGACCGAAGUUGGCUGCCUGGAAGCAGAGAGUGGUGGAAGCAGUAGGGGAAGAGCUGUUCAAUGAAGCCCAUGCACAAAUCCUCAAUGUAAAGGAACAAAAUGAGGCCAUAGCUCCAGAAAUAGUGGAGGCGCUUAAAGCCAAGCUUGUCCUGUAAGCAUGAUAUGUGGAGCUUUAGCUUUAUUUUAUACAACUGGAGUUAAGCUCUUUACAUGAAUAAAGAGCCCACAAAAUGUGAUUUCAUACAGAAA